AGAGGAGGGGGGAGAGAAAAAAGGGUUUGCAAGAGAAAGCACGGAGAAAGGGAAGAGAGGGAAAAUGUGUGUGUGUGAGAAAGAGAGAGAGAGAGAGAGAGGAGGGGAGGGAGCACCAGAGUGUGUGUGUGUAUGUGUGUGUGUGAGAGAGAGAGAGAGAGAGAGAGUGAGCGAGCAGGGGGAGGAGAGGGAAGUGGCAGUGCUGCAUCAUCACCAUACUGCCACUACAGCAGAGAGGAGAGGCAGUUUACUGCCUGACUCCCCGACUCUCCCUCUCUCUCUCUCUCUCCCUCUCUCUCUCUCUCACGCACACACACACAUUCAUGCAUACACACUCUCUCACUUCACACACACACAACAACGCACACUGGAAGUCAGCCGGCCGGUUCUCAGCCUCACAAGAAGCUUCGCGGAGCAGAGAUCCCGGGAACACUCUCCAUCACCUCUGGAUGUUUGCCUCGUCUGUCUCCAGGACUUCGCUGUGUGAAAGUGUGUGUUUGUGAGUGUGUGUGUGUGUGUGUGUGUGUGUGUCAGCGGACGAGGCUGCUACCUCCAGAUCUGACGCUGUUUGUUUGGACUGUCUUAUCAUGUUUGCUGAGACAGCCGUCACUGUCGGCAUGGGGGAGUGUUAACAGCGGAGCUUGCCGGGAUUUCGGCGUCACUUUCUCCUCUGCUAGAACCAGAACUCAAAGAGUGGAAGUGGAUGCCUGGUUUUUUUGGUGGCUGCGUACCUCAGGAUUUGUAGUUGAGGAGGAGGAGGGGGUAUGAUAAACAGCUGCGAGGUGAGGACGGCUUGCACUGCAGCAUCAGACUGGCAUCUCUGGGUCUACGUUGGGGAUUUUUUUUGCAUGCACCGAUGGACUACUGCUACUCUUAGGAUGGGCUCUCUGCCCGCUGAGGGAGAAAAGGUGCUGAUUUAAGACGAACAGCUUUGUUUUCAGAGCAGAAGACGGUACGGCAACUUUAGGAUUUAAAAAAAGAGACUCGGAUGACAGGAUGACGGCCGAGUUGAGCUGAAACUGCCCCCCUCCUCCCUCCCUCCCUCCUCUAGUCCAAACAUGAACUCUUCCUCCGAUGCGAACCAAAGCGGCUCUCCCCCGUUCUGCCUGCUGGGCGCCGUGGGUUACUCCCACAGCCUGGAUACCUGUGUGCUGGAGGUGGUCGUCAUCCUCUUCCUCACUGUGCUCAUCAUCGCCGGCAACCUGGUGGUGAUCUUCGUCUUCCACUGUGCCCCUCUGCUGCACCACCACACCACCAGCCACUUCAUCCAGACCAUGGCCUACGCCGACCUGCUGGUGGGCGUCAGCUGCCUGGUGCCCUCGCUGUCCCUCCUCCACUACCUCCGAGGCCUGAACGAGGAGUUCACCUGCAAGGCGUUUGGCUACAUGGUCUCUGUGCUGAAGAGUGUUUCCAUGGCGUCGCUGGCGUGCAUCAGCGUGGACCGCUACAUCGCCAUCACCCGCCCGCUGUCGUACGCCACGCUGGUGACGCCCUGCCGGCUGAAGGUGUGCAUCGUCCUUGUCUGGGUUUACUCCGCUUUGAUCUUCCUGCCGUCCUUCUUCGGCUGGGGGAAGCCGGGUUACCACGGGGACAUAUUUCAGUGGUGCGCAGACUCCUGGAAGACCAACCCGGGGUUCAGCACCUUCAUCGUGGCGCUGCUCUACGCGCCGGCAGCCCUCACCGUCUGCUUCACCUACGGGAGUAUAUUCAGGAUCUGCCGGCAGCACACGAGGGAGAUCACCCAGCGCCACGCCCGCUUCAGCUCGCAGACGGAGGGUGAUAAGGGCGAGCGGGGGGAGCGGUGCGAGGGCUGCCCGGACAAACGCUACGCCAUGGUGCUGUUCCGCAUCACCAGCGUCUUCUACGUGCUGUGGAUGCCGUACAUCCUCUACUUCCUCCUGGAAAGCGCCAGGCUGUAUCAGCAUAAGGUGGCGUCCUUCCUCACGACAUGGUUGGCGAUCAGCAACAGCUUCUGUAACUGUCUUAUCUACAGCCUCUCUAACAGCGUCUUCCGGAAAGGUCUCGGCCGCCUCUUCAGCCCGCUGUUUCCUUCCUGCCUCAGCUGCACCGAUGCCAAAAAGGCUCCGGUUCCGGUCAGCCCUCGAUCAGACCCUCGAUGCCAAGUAUGAGCCCUGACGACGACGGAUUUGUUUUGGUCACUUUGGGAGGCACGGCCGUCUGUGUGUGUGCUUUGCUCUCAGCUGCGUAGCAUGACACAGGUCUUUUUGGUCCCGCAGUGAAAUGUGUUGAGGGCCUCCUGCACGGAGCACGGAGAGGUGCCCGUGCAGAUGCCUGCUGGUCGUCUCGAAGGCUGAUUUUGUGGGAAAAGGAAGGCUGUGAAGUUCCCUCUGGGUCUUUCUCAAAUGCUCUGCUCGGUGUGAUGCUGAUCUUUCACGGCUGCGAGGAUCAGAAGCUGAUGACACGGAGUAAAGAAGCUUGAUACUGAUGAAGAAAGUGGACUGUAGGGUUGAGAUUCAUGUGAGGAUUUAAUAAACACUCCUGCCUGCACAGACUUAAGAACUCCCAGAUGCAAAAAAGAAAUAGGAAAGCACAGCACGACUUGUGUUGCGUGGUUCACUGAAAUGCAAAAAAAUGUCUUUUCAAGCCUGACUGAAAAAUCUGCAAAUCGUCUUGGUUCUUUCAGGGUAGAAUUAGGUGAUGCAAAAAAAAAAAAAAAAAAAAAAAAAAAAUGUUGAAAACACUUGAAACAGACUGAUCUGUUUUCCCCUGUAGGGAACUUCAGAUGCUAAUGAGUUAACGCGUGUGUGUAAAAUCAUUCAUCAAGACGUCAUCUGCCAAUCAGCCAGUGUGUGUGAGUUAAAAAUGUGUAACUGAUGGAUUCUGAGCUCAUUUCCCAGAGAGAAGAUUGAGGUUUAUUUAGGAGCUCAUGCCUGUUUUAUCAGAAGGAUUCCUCUCUUUUGAAGUUGGGUGUUAGUGGGAAGCUCCAAGUAUGUUUACACAGUCUCUGGUUUCACAUGAAAAUAUUGAUUUAAGAAUUAGCUUUACUUUCUAAGAUGGCCGCUGACCUGGGAAGUUUUCCUGCCAGCAGACAGUGGUGUACCCUCAUCAGUGAGAUAAUAAGUUGUAUUUAUUUGGAGAGUUUUAUUCUCUUUGUGUUUCCUCCUCAGGUUUAUCAGCAGUCCUUUGUUAAGCCUCCGGGCUGUUUGCCUUUGAUAUCAGCUGUACAGUACAGGACUCUUAAAUCACAAGCCACGUAGCGUCGUAAGAUAAUCACCUUCUGACUUAUUGCAUCAGUGUUGAUAAAGGAUCUGCUGUCUGCCGGGACCCACACGGCUUUGAUGCAAAGACUAACUUCAUUGUUAUCUGUAACUUUAUUGCUUGCAUCUCUCCUUUUUAGCUCUCCGGCAGCUGAUCUCUGUCCAGUUCAGUGGAAAGUGGAAGAGAAGAGUUGUCGUUCUGCUUCACGAGCCUCGACCUCAGAGUCUAAGAGGGUCAGAGCACUUUUCUGAGGGCCAGUGAGAGCUUGUGGCUUUUUGGCUUCAUGUAAAUACACUUCAGAGUUGAAAUAUUUAAACAGCGGCUAACUGGGCCCUUUGGGGGAGCUGUGGCAGCCCCUGAUGUAAAGUAGACCUCCAGGGUUACUAAUGAUUUUGUGCAUAAAGUGUUAUGUUUUUUUAAAGAUAAUUUAUUUGUCACAGAUAAGAGGUCCGACGUGCUGCACUCGAGAUGAAGUUUCUUUAUGUAUUGCAGGAAAACUUAUGACCUUAAGAUAAAGAUCUGAGUUGUAGAGUUUGGUUUUAAAGUCACAAUGAAAUGGCAUUUCUGAGAGCGUCUUGCUCCUGAACUUUAAACAUUUAUGGAAACGAAGAUAGAAGAAGAUAAAAACUGAAUGGGAGGAUUGUUUAGAAAAUACAUGCUGUAACAGUUUAUGGCCAAAAGUAUAUGAACACUUGAGCACUUAUUAUCAUGGAUGUUUUUCAUGGUUUGGACUAGCCUCCUUAAUUCCAGUGUGGAUAAAUCUUAAUUGGCUGGUUUGAUAAUCAGUUUCAUUUAUGUGAUUUUUCAAGCAAAAUGUUUGAUGAACUGAAAAUCUUUGUAUCUUUGGGUUUUGGAUCUGUUCUCAGUCAGAAAUAAAUAAGCUCCUUGGAGAUCAAUAAAGUACAUUUAUCUUAUCUUAAUAGUGGUUUGAUUUUAUAUUUGGUCGAAACUGAUCAGUUUUAACAUCUUAAAACUGCAUGUAACAAACCACAGUUAAGAGCUGGUAAUCUAGUUUAUUUAUUUAUUUAUUGGUCUAUUUAACAGGGAAAGUUUGUGAGUGAAUAUCGCUGUAAAUAAAUCAGAAGUAGCCAAAAGGCAGAAGAAGCUGCUGUUGGACUUGUUGCACUCAUUUUCACAAAUGAACAGAGAAUUAGGCGGCUAAAGCAAGAAAGGUUCGAACUCUCUGAUGAGACGGCUGCAGCUGAAUCAUCUGGAAAUAACAUCUUGAUGAUACUACUUUGUUUUCCAGCAUAGUUAAGGUGACAGCUAAAUUCAGCCAUGAUGGAGACCAAAUUAAAACCUGUUAGACUAGUCAUGCUAACAGCUGACUAGCCUAGCUUAGCAGAGCAGCCGUGAAAUUCAAAUUAUUUAUUGUGAUCAAGUUACUGUAUUUUUACUUCACAUGUUUAAAUGUAUUAAACAGCAUAUUGAUUUAUUAUGCUGAUUUCAAGGUGAACAAAGCUAGAGUAGAAGAAGACGUUUGCUUUGUCUAUGUAGCUUUUUUCCCUCAAAUUACCUGAAUUUAAAGGCAGAUUGCAGAUUUCAGGUGUUUGGUCUGUGUCAGUGAUUUCUGGGGUAAAAAGACAUGAAACGAUGUUACAAAGAUUCCCAACAAGCCUGAAUAUGUAAAACUCUUUUCUAUACUUCAUACAGUGUAUUAAAUAUGUAUUAAAUAUUAUUUUAAAAUAUACUCUGGAUCGAAUUUUGAUAUAAAAAUAAGAAAGAAAUUGAAAAAUCUACAUUUAUUGUUACAGGUGUGUGUACUAUCACGAGGGAAAUUAGAAACUACAGUCCAUUUAGUAGCUGAUGUGAAGCUUUCAGUCGUAUCACAUGAUCUUCCUCAGUUGAUAGAGUUUGCUGCACUUUCCUGAAAUUGUAGAUUAGAUUAACUUGAACUGAAUUUUCAUUUAAAAAGGCAUGUUUUAUUUCAUUGUGACUUUAAAAGUAGCUGUUGCCGUGAUGUUGUGACGAGCUGGUUUCCUAUAGAGACACAAACAUGCAUUUUCACCACAGGGGUUCAGGGGUCAGGCUCAAGGUCAAGGGUCAGGGGUUUUUAACUGUAGGACUUUUCCAGAGACAAACCAGCUGCUGUCAGGGGGAUUGAACCUCCCACUGUCCCUGCUGUCCCCGACAUGUUCUAACAUUUUCUAUGUAACGAUUUGUGUUAUGUAAACAGUGUCUGCUAUGAAAAUGUAAUUUCCUGCAAAGUGUUGACAUGUUUGAUCCCUGCUUGAUCUGUUGUGAACAGUGGACUUUACCUGCAUGAUUCUGGUUCAGUCUGGAUCAAUGUUUCUGUCUCAUGAUGCUACUGAGAGCAAUUUACUGACUGUACUCCUUGUCUUAGUAUCCUAACAGCUGUUGUGUAACACAGAUGGCUUAUCUUGUUUGUUUUCUUUUUUUUCCAUGAGGGCAAAAAGUUCCUGUUUGCUACGGUUCAUGUCAGAAAACAGGAAUGACCUGCAGAAAACCUUCUGGUCUGCCUGCGAUCUUCUCCUGUCGCUGCUGUCGAGACAAAAGAUGCAAAUCUGCAAAAAGUGACGUUUUACAAGGAGCAUCAAAACAGUUUCAUUUGAAGUUUUAAAAUCAGAGCGGGACAAGUUUCAAGAGCUAAAGCAUCAAAGGUUUCACUUAACACAGUUAUUUGCAGCUUUGUGUCAUUUUUUCCUCGACAGCAGCGCGAUGCUGCUCUACAGUGGGAAUCAGUGCAAUACAGCUCUGCUUUAUCCCUCAAACCACAACGAAUCGGAAAUAGAAGAAAAAUCGGAAUGAAAGGGCUUAAUUAUCUUCAUUCUGGUUGAGCCGUUUGCUAUUCAGCAUGUGAUGUGAACAAGUUACUUUGAAAAUCUGCUGCAGAUUGUUGUAAAUAGGGAGGUGUAAUCAUCUGAUUAAAAUUAGAUAUUCUGA